GCCUCAGGAUUGGGUUUCUUGUGGAAGGUUUCUGGAGGACUGUCCUCCUCUGUAUCCAUGAUGUCGCGUAUCCACGGGGUCGCGUCCUGGAAUCCAGACCGCGAAGGCUUGGAUACGGAUAUGCUCACCGUUCGUGGCGGGUCUUGGAGCCACACGGGGCCGAGCCAGCUUCACCUCCCUCCGCUGACCUGGGUCUGGAAGCUGCUAUGCGGCGGCUGGGGCUUGCGACGUGUCCCUGGCGUUGGCCUUUGUUAGAGCUUGCCCGACGGGCCCACAGAGAGUUUUCCCAUCGCCGGCCUGCGCGCUUAUUGGAUUUGGUACCCCGUCGGCCCCCUUAAAGAUGCGCACGGAAGGCCACUCCUGCCUAGGGCCACUCUUGCGUGAGGCCGCGGAGGGCACGACGACCAGCACCGCCGCAGCAGAAGCCCGCAUCAGCGCAGGAUGACCGAGAGGGACAUGGAUCACAUGUCCAGGGCGUUCAGCCGCGUACUCCGGUACGACGCGGCCAAGAUGGGCCUGGCUGUCGAGGACGGCGGCUUCGUUCGCGUCCUGCAGUUGCUGGAGCACUUCGAGAAUUACACGUUUCAGGACGUGCGCAAUCUCGUGAGUUGGAGCGUCCACGGCAGGGACGGGGCACGCUUCGAGCUCCGGGAGACUCCAUCUGGCCACCUCAUCCGAAGUACCAGGGGCCACACAGAUGUGCGUAGGGCAUCAAGCAGGCCAUCGAGCGCUCACAUGUCGGACGAAGACAUGCCAGCCAGGCGGCACCAAGACCUGCCAAGGCGGGAGCGGAGCCUACGACGAGCACCGUGGCGGCGCGAAUCGAACGGCGAGCCUUUCUCAUUGAGUCUGUCGAAGGGAAUGGCAAAGCUCCUGAGACACACUGACCACGAAGACAUGUCCCCAAACGGUUGGCUGGCUAUGCGGACCUUGAUCCAGAUGUUGUCCCACGGCCGCACACCAGUCACAGCGGAGGACAUUCGGCGCGUCGCAGAGUUCAACAAGUACAGCGAGGACCGCCCCCGGUACGAGGUGCACGUGGCCGGGCGGGACGAGUGGGUGAGGGCCGUGCGCGGGCACACCGUGCUCUGACGCCCGUGGAGCGGCGCUGCGGGGCCGCGCGGGCGCCGCGCGCGCCCGCGGCUGCGGUGCUGCGCGCACCGCGCCCCGUCGGCCUCCGUGGACGGCUCGGGGGCC